CCAGUAAUUGCAAUAAUCUAUGGAAAUAUGAUUCUCAAUUUGACACUUGCUGCUUCCAAAAAAUUAAUGUGAAAAUAACAUUUAUAUACAUACAGGAUGAAUGAUUAUAAAAUGCCUAUUAUCGAGCCUACUAUCGAUUAUACAAAGGUUCCACCGAUAAAUCAGAAAAGAACAAUCUCUUUUAUCAAUCAUUUUAUUAUACAUACCGUAACUUUUCUUAACAAAUUUGCACUAUCAUGUGAAGAAAAGUUAUUUGAAUUUGAAAAUAAACUUCAAAAAGUUGAAGCAUCUCUAGCAAUUCUUGAAUCCCGGUUAUCUUCGAUACCGGAUUUGCAACCAAACACAAAAGUUGAAACUGAUAACAUCAAAGAAAAUAAUGAAAUUAAAUCUGAGAACGUAAAAGUUACAAAAAUAGAUGAACCAGAUAACGUAGAAGAAAAUAAAUCUAUUGGCGAUGAAUCUCCUCCACAGAAAGUUGAAAGAGAUCCUCGCUAUGAUAGAUAUUUUAAAUUGAUUCAUUUGGGUGCGCAAAAAGAAGAAGUCAAAUUACGAGCACAACGCGAAGGCCUGGACCCAAGUGUUUUAGACGAGCCUCAACAGACAUCUUCUAGGCUCAAAGAGAAUGUGCAAGAUACAACUACGAGUCAAGAUUAACUAGCUUAUUGAAUGUUAUAUUAAAACACCAAUAUUAACAUUUCUUUUAUAUAGAAGUAAAAAAAUUCUAUUUGCAAAAUAAACAAAUAAACAAAUAUACAAAUAAA